AUGUGCACACGGCAAGGCCUAUUUCUUCCAGAUGCAGACAAGGUCCGCAGACGAACCGAUGACCGUGUUUUAUCGCUGCGAAAGUUGCGCCCAUCAAUGGAAGGAAAACUAGCGCACUCGAAUGCUGCGCUUGUGCUCGUCAUGCGCAUCUUGGCCGUCUCCUGUAUCGCGUCUCUACUCGUUACGGAGUCAUAUGCUAAAUCAUCUGCUGACGGUAUACAUGCAGCCCCUUUCUCCAUUGUGGUGUUUAUGUGCGUGUGGAGGCGGCCGCUGCUCACAGAUUUCGUGCUGUCUCAAUACUCAGCCUCCAAAAAGCGUCUCGUGAAACAGGGCGUGCUCCUGGAUCUAUUUCUUACCGGCUCCGACAACGCCACUACAUCCGCAUUAGCCCAAAAAUACAGCGCGUCCUUCGUGAUUCACCCCAACAGUCCGCUCGGUGCAAAACACAACAAAGGUAUCCAAUCGAUGCGGUCCUAUUACGAGGACAGGAAGCGAAGAGGGAAACAAGCGGCCGUACCGCAUGCCGUGGCCAUCGUCGGUUCUGACGAUGUGAUCAAUGACAAAUUCUUCCUGCAAGUGCGCAACCUGAUGCACGUGCGCCCGCCAGCGCAGCACGUGGUGGGCCUACGCGACAUCCACUUUUUCGACCUCAAGUCGCGACGUCUCGUCUACACCAGGGGAUAUCGGUCGUUCACGACGCCGAUCUCUGGCACGCUGGGCUGCGGGCGGGUGCUGUCGUGGUCGAUACUAGAUGCCUUGGAUUGGUAUGUGUGGGACAACGAGCGGGAGCGGGGCUUGGAUCAAAGUGCCAUACGGAACGUGAUGCGGCGGAUUCCCCUGGUGGGCGAAGUGAGCGGGGCGAUUGCUGGGCGAGAAACUGGGAUCGUGGCAGUGGAUAUCAAGUCGGACGCGUUCGCGACGGGGGCGAAUAUUUGGAAGUUUGAACAAGUUGUGGAAGCGGUCGGGAAGAACGGGAGACUGCACGCGUUUGUCGACUUUGACGCGCGGGCAGCUUUGACGGCGGCGUUCGGGGGGGAGUUCAUGGCCGGUUUGGAGAGUCUCCGGGCGGAAAUGGAGAGGCUCGAGAGCGACUAGCAGACGCAGAUAGGCUACGGAGGCCGCGAUGGGCCGCCUGUCCUUUGGGCGUUCAAGUUGAAUCGCGUGUUGCAUUAAAACAAGGGUUCCUCU